AAACUUUCAGCAGAGAAAAUCGAUGCAAGCAAUUCGCAAAAGUAUCAAGAAUGUCAAGUGGAUAGGCUGUGUAAUCCAUGAGAUUUGCUUGCAGCAGUAUAUAAAGAAAAACAUUAUCCACUGAAUAUUAGUGUGAUUUUCACUAUCCACAAGAUAGAUUCAAUUGUAUAAUAUUCAAAAAGUUCGCAUAAAACAGCAAAGGUGUGUCUUUGUAAAAUUUUAUUGUACGUACGUAAAGUAAUCAAAUUAAAAAAAAAACCCAAAAAACAACUGGAUGAAAUAAAAUAUACGUAUGCAUGUACGUAUGUUUGUAUAUGCAACAUUUGGGCCGUGAGAAAAGUUGCAAUUUUGUAUAAAUAUUUACUUGCUGCUCAGUAAAAAUAAAUAAGAUAAUGGGAGUUACUGACAAGAUUUCCGAUGAUGGUGAUACCUGCUCGAAAGUGACAUUGGAAACUUUUCGUGAAAUUUUUCGCAGUAUAGAGCCGGACGUAGAAAUCGAUACAUUUGAGGAGAAACAAGGUUCGGGGCAAGGAGAUAAUUAUACCGCCACAUUAUAUCGCGCUCAUCUUACUGGGCAACAGAUUAACGCAACGGAUGGCACAAUACAUAAAUGGGAAAAGAGCUUGAUUUGUAAGAGGAUACCGGAUAAUGUUCAACGGAGAGAAGCGUAUAAGAGUGAUAAGUUAUUUAGAAGCGAGGUACUCUUUUACAUGGAAAUUUUGCCGGAAUUAUUAAGAUUUCAAUCUACAAAAACGGCAAAAGUUUUCGCAGCCACUCCGAAAUGCUACUAUACGCGAGAGGAUCUUCUGAUAAUGGAGGACUUACGUAUACGGGAAUUUCAAAUGCCUGAUCGUCAAAAGGGUCUAAGCAUAGAAGAGACACAGUUAGUACUAAAAGAGGUCGCACAAUUCCAUGCACUUAGCUUGGCUUAUAAGUUUGAAAAUCCCACUCAAUUCAAUCGUUUACGUGAACUGAUUACUGAAGGUCUAUUCUGUUCUUCAAAUACGAAUUGGUAUAAAAACUAUUAUGAUGGACUAACGAAAGAUGCCAUUAAAAUGGUCUCCGAUACACUUCCAGAAGGAUCUAAAUAUUUGGAUGCAAUGAAGAAAUUUGUCGAUUGCUCAACAUUCUUUUCGCAAAUGGUACAGUUGGUGAGCGCAGAAACGACACUAUCGGCUAUUUGCCAUGGCGACUGCUGGGUCAACAAUUUCCUCUAUCGUUACGAAUGUGCUGGUGAUGAUGUAGAACGUAAAAAGGCCGUGGAUGUUUGUCUAAUAGAUUUUCAACUGAUACGGUAUAGUUCGAUUGCACUGGAUGUAGCCGAUAUACUAUUUUGUUGUACAACAAAAGCAAUACGUGAUGAACAUUUAAAUGCGUUUAUUAAAUUAUAUUCAUCCGAAGUUUCCGGUUGGCUCAAAAUAUUAUGUACAAACAUACCGGAAUCAUUUGACACAGCAGAAAAAUUUUCCCAACUAUUUUGGGAAGAAUUAAAAACCUAUGGGCGUUUUGCUCUUGGAAUUGCCCUUGAUAUAAUACCAAUCUCUACUUGCUCUUCGGAACAUGCACCAGAUAUGUACUUAAAUAUGCGUCCCGAGGGUAUGGAAGUCGGUGCUCCAGUUUUGAAUUUUCCGCCCAACGAUUUGUGUCGUCAAAAAAUGUCUGAUAUAGUCGUCGAUAUGGUUGAUCGGGGCAUUCUAUAAUGAGAUAUAAUUUAAGAAUUUAAUUUAAGAACGAUUUGACGCAACUUUACCCCACAAGCUAAGGCUUUUAGCUCGACGUUACUUAAUAUUAUAUACAUAAAUGAAUACUCCAACUACCGCUAAUUUUCGUUACACCUAAUUUAUUUUAGAAUUAUUUUUACAGAAAAGGUAUUUAUGCAUAGACAGAAUCUAGAUAUGUAUUCAUGUAUAUGCACGUAAGAAAUAAGUACCGGCAAUUUAAAAUAGUUGGAAUUAAUGAGGACAGCAUAUACAGAUGUGUGUUUGUAAAUAUAUAUAUUUGUGACGUUCGCAGAUUCACAUAUUAACGACACACAUAAAUAAAUAAAAGACAUAAUUGUUUCGUAGCCCCGGGAGUAAAGGCUAAUUGCAUUCUAUAUAAUUUUUUAAAAAGCCGAAAAAAGUCUUAAUGCAAAGGUCAAGCGCUAUUUUUGAAAAUAAGAAAUUUGCUUUCGAAUAAACCAAAAUUCCUAAGAUUUUAAAAACAAAGUUUC